AUGCCCCCAGAUCGUUCCUCGUUCACGGCUUUGAAUCUGCCUUCGACUUUCUCGCUACCGGUAUGUAUGGAUUAUUUCACCCUUUCCGCCGGCCCCAACACAGAUCUAUGGAGGAAACCGCCAAAUGGAGAUACCUCAACAGCGCCAAUGGUCUUCACCUCGUUGCGGCGGCCGUUUGUCGUGGCAGAAGUCACCAUCAGCGCCGACUGGGAGAUGGAAUGGGAUCAAGGUGGACUUGUCAUUUUCGCCGGAGAUGCUCCUAGUCAGUCGAUUCCAACCGAAUCGCUUCGAUCCUCAUCAGAAACCGGCGUGCGCAACUUCAAUACGAUGACAUCGCAAUCGCAAUCUUGCAAAUGGGUAAAAGCGGGCAUGGAGUUUUCUUCGGGCACAGUCAAUGCAGCGUCGGUCAGCGCAACAUCCGACGGGGCGGAUUGGUGCCUGUCGCCUCUGGCCAUGCCAAAUAUACCGACCAACAUCACUUCCCUGCGCAUUAAGCUCGAAAGAGUCGGUUAUUCCCUGUGGAUCUGGUAUCAGAUCCCGUCCUUGUCACCGUAUGCCGUGACCCCGGGAGCAGUUGGAAGUACAUGGAAAAAGCUUCGCGAGGUUACCUGGUUUUUCUACGGGGUUGAGGACAAGUGCGUGCAUGUCGGACGAGGAGGCACAAUGUGGGAGGCAAUGAACGGUAUGCGAUUAGACGAUACCACCAUGGGCGGUGGAGGAGAUAGAUUGGUCGUUGAAUUUGAGGAUCUCGAGAUAUUUUGAAGUGGCUGGUUUAUGAUUAUUGUGACGACGUCGACGACUUUCUUCUUUUCGUUUCAUGUACAAAUCAACCGGUCGUGUGACUUGGAUUAUUGAUUGACUUUUUCUUUCGGGACAUUUGUAUUUGACAUUUUUCUUCUUUUUUUUUGUGCAAAUGGUGAAUGGAGAUUUGACGACUGAUACCUGUUUCAGUGUUUCUACUGGCUGGCGUUUCGAGAUGUGCGACGAUUUCGUUUUUCUCCUUCCUGUCUCUGCAAUCUUCCUUUUUUUUCUUCUUCCGGUGUCCUGUAACUCGUCGCGCCGAGUGAACAAGCACGAUCCGGCAUGCGGAAUCCAAGCCCAAUUCUUAUUUCUUCAGUAACAAGCCGCCGACAAGUAGAGAUGCAAGCAAUCUCGGAAAGCAUGAUUCAUUGUGAUCUUUUGACCCCUCACCCCGCAUCGGAAAGGGUGCUCAUUAUGCCCAUCCACUCUGCAUC